AUGUCGAUCGUAUCGUUACAAAAACAUGUUCUCUUUUUCGAUAUAUUGUCCAUAUCAAGCGUACUGAUACACUUUUUCUUGUCGUAUGUUGGUUUCAGGAAGUCUGACAUCUACAAUCAGUUCCGGCGCAGGGUUGACAAAUUUAAGAGAUGGGACAACCUACUGGAAAACUAUACGAGGUUACAGACUCAGCAUGAGUUACUGGCAACCAAGGCCGAGGCAGACGCUGCCAGCCUGCAGAAAGAACGUGAGGAAAACAGGCGCCUGCAGCGAGAAAUGGCACAUAUGAAGGAGGAGGGCAUGGCCUUGGGGUCGCAGGAGAUCAAACAGCAGCUGAAGGAGCUCAAGGCACGACUGGAGGCCACGCGGCACGAGUUGACGGAGAGCUACAAGAGCAAGGGCAGCCAUGCGCAGAAGCUGCUGGACCUCAACGAACUGCUGCAGCGCCGAGAUGAGGACAUCAAGACGCGCAACGAAGAUAUCAAGGCAUACACCCAGGAAAUCCUGAUCAUGAAGCGGACUAUUGAGGACCAAACCAACAGCCUAGUAGACAAGAACACGGCCUUGCAGGUGCUGCAGGACGAACUACAAGCGCUGCAGCUGGAACUGGUCACGUCGACGGAGAGGUCGGAUCGGCUACAGAAGGAGAACGACGCGUUGAUUGAACGGUGGCUCAAGAAGAAGAGUAGCGAGAUAGCCCUGAUGAACGAGGCCAACAGCGCGGUCGAGAGCUAUCGGAAGGAGGAGCGGGUGCGGCGUCUGAGUCAGAUGUCAGAGGAGAAGAAGGCGGGCCGCGGGUCUCAGCAACCGGGCUAUCCGUCCGACGAGUCCUGGGCGUAUGUGGAUGAACUAGGGCCUCCCACAUCGGCUAUGAGGACUGUCACGUGUACGGGAGAGGUCAACUCUAUUGCAUUCAGCACAUCCGGUACUAUGUUUGCCACUGGAGACUACAGUAGGCUCACUCUAUGGGACACCUACUCCGGCCAGAAGAAGAUGGAACUGCCCGGGGCUACGCAGAGUGUCAUGGCGGUCUCAUUCAGUUACAAGGACGACAUGGUCUUAGCUGCAUCGAACGACAAUGCCACCAGGAUAUACGAUAUACGCACUCAGCGGUUAAAGUUGUGGGGUGCGUUGCCCCACUUCGAUGCGAAGGGUGCGGGUGAGAAGGACAGGGGCUCUGUGCAAAUGUGUUGGUGCUGCUAUGGCCUGUGCGCCGGCUGUAUGCGCUUACAGUUGAUUGUGUACGCUGGUGCAAAGGAUGUGCCUAGUCAACACCCUGUGUCGUAUCUGAUGCGUGUAUUUGUCUUCGCCAUACGACGAUGUCUUGUGCAGUACUUGCUGCGUGGUUCGGCUUACACUUGCGACGAUAGUACACACUGGAGGUCCAGGUAUAGGCAGGUCGUGCUUCUGUCCAUUCUAUUCGCCUUUAUUACAUUACUUUUUGCCCACAUGCUGAUGUUCGAUGAGUCUUUGGGGGUGGUCUUGUGCCACAUCGAAGCAAUUGGACUUUCUUUCACCUGUCAAAUAGCACUGGAGAAUUGGCAACGCUCGCUUUCGAGUUAA